AAUUCAAUUCCAAAAUUACAAGUUUCCCGCUUUUUCAUAAAAUCCCUAGAAAGAGAGUAAGACAAGUCGUGUGUGAAAUGUUGAUGUUGGCAUACUGAUCUAACCCAGCGACAGCUGGGCGGUUUGUCAAUGCUAAUAAGAUCAUCAAAGAUUUGAUAUAUAAUCGAAAUAGUAUCGUUUUUAAUUAUGUCGAAAUACGUUUUUAAUAUAUACGUAGGACAAUGAGAGUAUCUGACAUUGUUUUAUGACAAAAAGUAUUAUUUUCUGUUGACGUAUAGUUGUUACUAUGAUGUUCACGACCAUAUCUAUUUUAUUCCUUUUUAUUUUAUGCAAUAUUAAAGGACAAUUACUAUCCAGCCAUCCAAAGUUAUUAGUAGUGUCAUACGAUGCUUUCAGAUAUGAUUACUUUAAUAGAAAUGUUACGCCUUUUAUGAAUAAGUUAAGGAACGAAGGUACGCAUACUGACUAUAUGAUGAAUAUUUUUGUUACUAAAACUUUUCCAAAUCAUCAUACAAUGGCAACUGGAUUAUAUCCAGAAAAUCAUGGAGUUGUGGAUAGUGAGAUUUAUGAUCCUGUAUCGGACAACGUUACUAAAUACUCAUCUAAACUUUAUCAUUAUGACAAUAAGAUUCUUCCAAUUUGGACAAUUAAUGAACAAAAUGUAGGAAGGCAUAGUGGUACUAUGAUGUGGCCGGGUAGCGUAUUUGAAUAUGGUGGCAUCACUCCUGCUUAUGCACAAGGUUUUAAUGAUACUAUCAAUUGGGAAGAAAGAAUAGAUACGUUGAUAUCAUGGUUUCUACAUCCCACAAAGCCAAUAAAUUUAGGAAUAUUGUAUAUAGAAGAACCAGAUUAUCAUGGUCAUUUCAUUGGAAUAAACAGUCAUUCUUUUAAUAAAAUUCUAGAAAAGUUAGAUCAAAUUACAAAAUAUUUACAUAUCAAAUUAGAGCAAUAUGGCUUAAAUGAUGUUAACGUUAUCCACUUGAGCGAUCAUGGAAUGACAUCUGUCACAUUAGACAGAAUAAUAGACUUGAAUAAGUACAUUAAUAGUACCGAUUAUAUUUUUGUUGGAACAUCUCCAGGUUUACAUAUUUAUCCAAAUCCUGGGAAAGAAGAAAUUAUUUAUCAAAAUUUGAAAUCUGCUGCAGAAGAAACAUUAAAUUUUAAAGUUUACAGAAGACACGAAAUUCCACAAAAAUAUCAUUACGGCAAUAAUAAACGUGUCGGCCCUAUUUUUGUUAUAGCAAAUGUGGGAUAUGCAUUUCAGAAUCUUUAUGAUACUAUUGAGUAUUAUAAAAAAAAGUUUAAUAUCACUGUCGAUAAUACAUCAGAAUUUGGAUUACAUGGUUAUGACAAUGAAGCUGUAGAAAUGCAUCCAAUAUUCUUUGCGAAAGGGCCUGCGUUUCUUCCUGGUUGCAAACUGAAACCUUUUAAAAAUACUGAUCUAUUUCCUUUAUUUUGUAAAAUACUCGACAUCAAAUGUCCUCAAACAAAUGGUUCUUUGGCAGAUGUAAGUCAAUGCCUUCAAUCACAUCCUAAUAAUGCAGAUGUUUAUAAUGUAUCCAUACUACCUUAUGGAAUUCUAUUUGCAAGCAUUACGUUUGGUAUAACGAUGAUAGGAAUUUCUAUAGCUCUAUUCAUCAUGGCUAUAAUAAGGCAGAAAAAAAUAAGAAGAAAUAACUAUAGGUACAGAAUUAUAUAGAAUAUGACUGGCCUUAGUUUUUAUUGCAUGUACGUAUGUGCAAAUAUUGAACAAUUGAAUAUACAUAUUUCCAUAGUAUAUGAUGUCAUCGUUAAAGCGUUUAAUUCUGUUAUUCAGAGAAAACAUAUAAAAAGAAUUUUAUUAUACACUUUAACUAAUUAUUCUAUGGAAUAAUUAGUUGCUCCAUGUAUUAACAAGAAGCGAUUAGUUAAAGUAUGAAAUUAAAAUUUAAUGUCAAGUGUAAGAAAAAUAUUUUUCCAUUUUGUUUUAAUACCUGGCUAUUCUAUACUAUUGUAAAUUCGAAGACAAUAAAUAUAUGUUUCUUUGUUUUAUUA